UUUCUCGGUCGUAACCUCAGUGAGAACCCGCGAGGGUCUGUGUGACAGUAUGGCUGAAACCAUGAAAGAAAUGGAGUAACGAAUUAGAGUAAGAGGGGAGGAGAGAUUACCAUGUGGCGGCAGUUACUAAUAACCCUUCUGCUGCUAUCUGUGUUAGAGUUCUGGACAGGAGCACAGGCAACAUUUGAAGAAGUGGAGCCUGCAGCAUUUGUGUCACAAGAUGAGACGAAUGUAAAGAGAAAUCAAGAAAAAAAUAUCGACAAGUACGCAAGCAUUUUAAAUUUGCUGACCAAACGUUUAGAAGAAGACGAAGCAGACAGAAAAAUAUCUAACCUCCGAAGUGUCAGUCAAGAUAAUGAGGAGAUAAACAAAGAUGCAUUAGAACCUGGUCUAGCGGGGAAUUUGGACGCACAAAAACCAGGUGUAGGUGAAACGAGUAAGACAAACAGUUCGACUUCCAAACCCUACACCCAGCCACAGGUUCAACCCAAACAUACGCACAAUGAUGCUGGAGACAGUAUGUUCGGUUCUAAUGCAGUCUUCAUUGUUGUAGUAGCAGCAUGCAGUGUGGCUGGGCUUGUAGGGAUUCUAAUGGCUGGUGUUUGUUGGUACAAACUGAAUAGAAGCGCUAAGGCUGCCAGCGAUGUGGAAUACCCUGCGUAUGGUGUUACCGGGCCGACGAAGGAGCGACUCCCAUCACCGGGUGACAGGAAACUCGCUCAGAGUGCCCAGAUGUACCACUACCAGCACCAGAAACAGCAGAUGAUCGCCAUGGAGAAGGCGAAUGGUGAGAUGAAACACGAUGCGUCUGACGAGGAGUCUGAGGAGGAGAAUGAGGAAGGAGACUACACAGUGUAUGAGUGUCCAGGCCUGGCGCCCACUGGCGAAAUGGAAAUAAAAAAUCCUCUCUUCAGUGACGAGACGCCAGGGACCCAGGACCCCAACGACAAGCAAGAUGGUUGAAUCCAUCAUGGCCGACCUGUGUCGUCUCCUGCGUCACCACGCACCGUGGAUCUGUUUUUGUCAACUCUUUGUUCUGUCUGAUUGUUGUUACUUAUUUCUUGUGACGUCGUCGUGAUGUUUUAGACGCAAAGACAUUCACAAUACUUCACCCAUUGUGGGACGAAACAUUUACACUGAUUGGCUAUUUACCACAGAGAAAACAAAAAAAAAUCCUCUUGGGAUAUAUUCAGAUAGGUAAUAUAUCUUAAUAGGAGAACAAAAAUAUGCUGUAGUAUAUUGUUUUAUUGAGAGAAAAAAAAAUGUGUUGGAUGAAAAAGGUUUUAACAUACGCGGUAUUGUUUUCACGUUUUUCAUUUUGGCGUUCUUUCACAUGUGGUGAUAGACUUGGGAGAAGCUCUUUAAGUUGGUUUCUGUUUUAUUGGGCAGUGUAGAAAAAUUCAGCCAUUUGUUUUUGAGGAAAUAAAUUUCAUAACUUCAUACCGUAUUGCAAGCUAAGCAUAACCAUUUUACUGUUGGCAGAAUGUUUGGUUUUUUAAAUAAUGUUAAAACUAUAUAACUGUGUCAUCAGGUAAGGAAAGGUAACUCUUGUAGGAUUCUGACAUUGCUGUUUGAAUUGAUGGUAAGCACUGAAACUGUUAAUUAUUUUACAUUGAUGAGGAAAUCGGAGAUAAACUAAUGAGAUUGCUCUGCCAGUUAAUUUUAAAACCAGGUGGAAAUGGUUAAUUUUAUAACGUACAUACAUUUCAUUUUAAUUAGGAAAAAAAAAAAAUUCUUCCUUAAGUAGUUAUUGGUUUAUAUAAAAUGUAUUUAUUACAGUGAUUUAAUACCAUAUUUUGAUAGAAUUCUACAUUAAUAAUUAAAGAAACAUGAACAUUCCUUUAAUUUUUUUUUACAUUCCUUCAGGCAUUUAGUGUUAAACAUAAAUGGUCAAAAGUACAUAUUCUCAAGACAAUUGUUGUAAUCAUUAUAAAGCUGCUGUGUACUGGUUAUCAUAAUAAAAAUGAUUAUCCCUUCUAUUUUGAUAACUGGUAUCAAAAGCAUCUUAGUCCAAAAAGACUUUUAAACAUCUUGAGAGCAAGGCCGAUGUGCUUUACAAACUCUGAAUUGGGUUGGGCACAUUUUAAAAUCAGAAUUUUGAUUUUAGUACAUUUUAAUGGGAUUCGCAAACUGCCUUGUAAAACACAUAUUAUUCACAAGAUGAAAGCAUACACGUUUCCGACCUUCAUGCCAUCUGCUUUUGAUCACUGAUAAAGAGAGUAUAGUAUCUGAAUAUUCACAGAUAUUAUUCUCCUAACUUAUUUCACUUGUUUUUGUGAUAUAAAAGAUAAUCACCUUGACACACAGCAGUUUCAGUAACAGAUUUUUCCUGUGCGAAAGUUCACAUGAAACUGCACAUCUUGUCUCGCAUAUUGUUUUACAAGCCGUUUUUACACGAUUUUAACUCUUUCAGCUGGAUUCUGAUCUAAUUACCUAAUAUAUACUUAAUACAAUAUGCAUUCCUCAAUAAGUAUUUUGCUCAGAACCACUUUAUUUUGAUUUGGGUUUUUUAUCUUAUUUUUUUUCUGAAUCUUUUGGCACUUUUGCUCCAUAUAUAUUAUUAAUAUUUAUUAUAUUAUACUAUCAAUCUUUAAAAUAUUCCUUUUAAAACAAUUUUCUUGCCAAGAGCUAACAAUUGUAAAAAUCAUGUAUGGUAUACUACUAUGGUAAUAACAUAAUUUAUUGCAUAACACUGCUUUGUAAAUAAACUUAUAGAUACACAACUUCAGAAACAUUCUUGAGAAGUGUUUUACUGAUCAGCCCAAAUUUGGUUUAGGGUAUUCAAGUUUUUCUCUUAUAUUUUCUAUUUUUGUUUUAUUUAUUUUUUGUUGAGUUACUUUCUCCUUAUUUGGUAUUGGUGAAUUGUUAAUAAAUUAUUAUUAUGGUAAUCAAGCAUUUAAAUUACAAUGAAACAAAUCGAUAAAUGUGUCAUUAAUUCGUUUGAAAUCAUUAUAAUGUGAUAACAUUGUGCAAUAACAAUUUUGUUCUGUAAUAGUUUUCAUUACUCUUUACUCUGUGUGUGUAUAGUCUUGAUGAAUCAAGCUAACAACAAUCGAGGUGCAUUUUAUUUAUUGGUGGUUGUGGUUGGUGGGAAGUCUCAUUCAACUGUAGUUGUUACUGUUGUACUGUAUGUCAACAUUACUAUGGUUAUAACAAGUUUUCUUUCAUAUUGCCAAUUAGAGAUAGGGCGAAAAGGAAGUUGAAUUUCAAUCAUUCUUUUCAAGUUUUAAGUUUAAAAGUCGUACUGGUAUCCAAAAAACAAUUUGCAGGGAUACAUUUUUAUUAGAAGAAAUAGUUUUGUGUGUGUGCGAAACUGCAUUUUAGGUACCAGCAUUUUAUUGUUAUUGUUUGCCGCCAAAUUUAAAGGUCACAACUGUAUAUUAUGCAAUCUUAUAUUGGCCAGGAUACGUCGUUUCAUUUGAAAUGACAACAUACCUUCCACUGGCAUUUAUAUAUACACGGGGGGGAAAUAAUAUUUAAUACCAGUAUGUUAUUUUAGUAAAUCAGUUCAAACUACACUUCUGAAAUAUAAUUUGUAUUUAUUAUGAAAAUUGUAAUCAUUAUAUUGAGUAGAUUUUUAUGUGCGAUAAUUAAAACCCCCAAAAAACAACAUUUGUUGUAAAUGUAAAGGUGUUAAGUUAUAUAUCUAAUCAUUUGAAAAAAAUUAAAUGUUCAGGCUAUACAACCCCUGUUUCUUAAUAACUUGGAACAUACUUGUUAUGGGUGGGGUUUUUUCACAAUAUAGUGAAUCCAAUUUUGUUUCUUAAGUCAUUUAAUAUUUUUGGAAGGUGUGCAGAAUUAAGUACUGAUGAUUAAACAAUGAAAGUAAUGUGUGCCAAAAAACCAGAUCUCCUAUUUUUGCGUUUCUGACUUUCUUCGUAAAUUUCCAUGAAUAUGGUAGUUCUCGGCUUUAUAAUGAUGCAUGGCUUUAAAUGGCACAUAGCCACAGGCAACCAUCUACUUCAUGCUAGCCUGGUUUUAUAGGGUAAUCUGUGAAAGGGCACAGUGCUUUUAGUCAUUUUAAAAACUUCAGACUAUUAUUUAAAUAAUGACAUUUUAUUAUAGUAAAACAUGACUUUAACGGACACAUCUUUAGUACAAAUUGUACGGGUUAAAAAGAAAACGUAUACGUCUAUAUGACUUUCCACAGAGGAUGGAAUUUGUAUUUAGUCUUUUAGAUUCGUGUUUUACUGCAAUAUUCAUGUUGAGAACCGUCUUUUUCAUUUAUGUACUUGUUCUGCUUGCAGUCAAUCAUGUAAAAGCAAUAUGAAAUAAAACUUUUUAACAUGG